AUGUGGCCGGCAUCUCAAUAUUCACAUACAAACCACCAGGCCAACGCCUCCAAGUCCAAUGAACAUCAAAACCAACAGAAUCUGAAGACGUUGGGCAUGACUUCAGCUAUUUCUAUGGCAGGUCCGAAACCCAUUGACAUUGAAAAGACAAAUGAGCUCAAGGAAUCGUUGGUUCCGUUUGGUGUUUUUGAGUCCGAGGCUGAAAUGCAUCACAGAAUGGAGGUUCUGGGAUCAUUACACCGAUUGGUCAGACAGUGGAUAAGAGACGAGUCUUUGAGGAAAAACAUGCCACCCAGUGUGGCUGACACAGUCGGAGGAAACAUAUAUACAUUCGGAUCAUACAGGCUCGGGGUGCAUCACCGAGGCGCGGAUAUUGACGCUCUGUGUGUAGCUCCAAGACACAUCGACAGAUCAGACUACUUCCAGUCAUUCUACGAACUGCUCAAGGAACAACCUCAAGUUAAAGAUCUCAGGGCUGUAGAGGACGCGUUCGUGCCAGUCAUUAAGAUGAACUUCGAUGGCAUUGAAAUAGAUCUGCUGUUUGCUAGACUAGCUCUCAAAGAAAUACCAGAUUCCUUCGACCUCCGAGAUGACAUGCUUCUCAAAAACCUGGAUCAGAAGUGUGUGAGAUCACUUAAUGGAUGUAGAGUGACCGAUGAAAUACUCAGAUUGGUCCCCGAUAUUAAUACAUUUAGACUCACAUUGAGAGCUAUAAAACUAUGGGCUAAAAGGCACGGUAUAUAUUCCAAUACAUUGGGUUACCUCGGCGGAGUGUCUUGGGCUAUGCUAGUAGCUCGUACAUGUCAAUUGUAUCCCAAUGCAUUACCAGCUACAUUGCUACACAAGUUCUUCCUAGUCUUCAGUCAAUGGAAGUGGCCGCAGCCAGUACUCUUAAAACCACCGGAUUCAGUCAACCUUGGAUUCCCAGUAUGGGAUCCUAGAGUGAAUAUGUCUGAUCGAUACCACCUAAUGCCCAUCAUAACUCCGGCAUAUCCACAACAGAACUCAACAUUCAAUGUAUCAGCAUCUACAAGGACAGUCAUUAUGGAAGAAUUCAGGCUCGGUCUCGCUAUAACCGAUGAGAUAAUGCUUGGAAAGUGUGGCUGGGAGCGUCUGUUUGAAGCUGCAAAUUUCUUUUCUCGAUACAAACACUUCAUAGUAUUGUUAGCGUCAUCAGCUAGUAAUUUGGAUCAAUUGCCCUGGUGUGGACUGGUUGAGAGCAAGAUACGACAUCUCAUAACCACAUUAGAAAGAAAUCAGCAUAUAACAAUAGCUCAUGUGAAUCCAGAGUGUUACAACUCAGUACCUCUGAAUACUAACAAUGGACAACCACUCGCAUUACCUCCAGGUACACCAGUACAAACAGAAGAAAAUGGGACCGCUGAAGUGAAAAAUGAUAAAGGCGAGGUGGUAGCAAAUGUGUGCUCUAUGUGGUUCAUAGGUCUAGUGUUUGACAAGACAAAUGUGAAUGUGGAUCUAACAUAUGAUAUAUCAUCAUUCACAAAAGCCGUUCAUUAUCAGGCCGAGAAUACCAAUGUACUUAGAGAAGGAAUGACUAUAGAGGCUCGCCACGUUCGUCGUAAGCAACUUCAUCAAUAUCUGUCCCCAUCACUACUGAGGAGGGAAAAAGUUAACAAAAGAAAGAAUGAAACACUCGCUGUCCAUACUAAGAAGGCUAAGAGGGUCUCGGAGAGCAGUGCGGACGAGGUUAGCGUGUUAUCAUACACCGAGGAUUCGAACUCAUCAAACAUGUACGAAGUUAACGUACAAAACGGACAACAUCCGGAGCAAAACACUAGCGAAAAAGUCGACCGGGCGUCAAGCUCGAGUGGCAUAGCGUGCACGUAG